GGAGGACCAAGAAGUGAUUGAACACAAACACCAUCCAGCAGUAGCACGGUCUCUGCUCUCGUCGCCCGAGCAGUUGCAGCGACAAGAAGACAAACGAAAAAAGAGCAGCCACGCGACAGACACGAUGAGCUUACACCUCCCUAUAAGGCGGGCUCUUGCAGCCGCCUCUACCGCCCGCCCAAUAUCGUGCCAGCAACAGCUCCGCAGCUUCUUUGGCAGGAAAAACUUCUUCAAGAAGGCCUCUACCGAGAAUAAAACCGAUUUGACCAGCCAAAACAUCCAGGACGCCCUGAAAAGACAGCAAGACCAAACGGCCAAUGACAAGGCCAACACGGCCGCCUAUCAGGAGCGCCUCGGCCAGACAAAGCUGGGGAGCCAGUCCAUCUUCGACGAGAAGGAUGAUGUCGAGGCCGUACAUACCGCCGUUCCAGAUCAGGGCCGCAACAAAGCGUCUGCUGCAGAUGCUGCUCGCAAGCCCGGGACAGUUCCGGGGCUCGUCAAGACGUACGAGGCCAUGUGCCGCAGCACGGAUCCGGACCCGCGAGGCAACAUGCGCUUCACACGCAAGAUGGUGACGCGCUACGUGAGCCGGGCCCUGGACCCCGAGGGCCGCGAGACCAAGGCCGAGCGGUUGGCACGCACCGAGCGGACCCUGACCUACCGGGGCCCCGUAUGGCGCCUCGGCCCCAAGAAGCACGUCAAGCUGGCCCGCCAGAUCGCCGGCAGGACGGUUGACGACGCCAUGAUCCAGAUGCGCUUCUCAAAGAAGAAGUUCGCGCGGGACAUUGGCAUCACCCUCGAUGCAGCCAGGGAUGAGGCCGCCGUCGUGGCCGGCAUGGGCCUCAAGGAGCCGGCGGCCAACAAGUUCAAGGCCGAGAAGAUUCAGCUCAAGGACGGGCAGUGGGUUACCAUCACCGAUCCCAACAAGCUGUACAUUGAGCAGGCCUGGGUCAACAACGGAAGGAAGGUCUUUGCCGGCUUUGUCUACCCGGCCAGGAGAGGUCACAUCCCUAAGUGGUCAAUCCCGACCAACUUGAACCUUGUUCUCAAAGAGCAAAGGACACUCAUCAGGCAAUACAAGGAGAGGAAGGCCAAGGAGGACGCACGUAAGCCCUGGGUCCAUCUGCCCAACAGACCCGUAACAGCCCAAAGGCAACACUACUCGUGGUAAACUGAGCCUUUGAACCAAGACAACCAAACAUCACGGCUGCUUCUUAAUACCCUUACUCUCCUGUUUCUGUCGCGAACAUCUGUACAAAAGCUUUGAUGGGUUAUAUUGGCAUUACUGCCAGGAGAUGAAAUGUAUUUGUAAAACUAGAAGUCAAAUCAAUUAUAAAGGCCUCUUGUAGAUUAUGUGCGAUCUAGACUUCAAAAAGAUGAGAUUCCCC